UUACGACAAGAUCUCAAAUCGAUUGUAAUGUUUGUAAACUGACGUGUGCCGCUAUACUCAAUAUAUACAUACAAGCAUGGUUCGUUUCAAGAAUAGGUACUUUGCAGUAGAAGUAAAUCCAACAGGCAAGCAACAAAAGGUACCAUUUUACUUAAAUUCAUAUGCAUUGCAGGCAUCUAUCCUUAAAAAGGUGGAACAGUUGCAUGGAGAUUUUGGAAUUGCUGCAGUUCAAGCUGGUUUCACUGCAAAAUACUGUAACAAGUGGACACGCAUUGCUAUGAUUCGGACUCGACAUGGUCCUCAUCGCCUUGUCGCCAGUACACUUCCUAUGAUGAAUGACGUCAGUGGACACCAAAUAACUCUGCACACUCUGUAUGUUGGUGCUACUCUGCAACAGUGUUACCGUUUUGUUCGGCGCUAUCAGCAACGACAACUCAUUAAGAUUUGGUCUGUGCUGAAAACAGAUGAGGAAAGGCAUGCAAUGGAAACUGCAGUCAUGGAUCUCAAGCCACUAGAGAGCUUCAUUUCCCCUCAGCAUCCUGGAAAGAAAAGUUCAUAGUGUGUUGUAUUUUGAAAGUGAAAUACUUUUUCCUCAAUAUGUUAAAAAUUCAUCUGGAAAGCAGUUUCUUCUUGCCAUAUGACAACAAACACGAUAUUGAUAGCAUUCAUUCCAGUCUUCAUAACAUGGGAAUUCCAUUCUAAUGGUUUUAUGACUUGUCACCAAUUAUCAAUUUUUAUUCAAGUUAUAUUGCAUGUUUUGUGUUCAUAAUUAAAUUACUGUAGAUGUUAAUUUUUCACAGAUUGUGGGAGAUGAGUAAUUUCUACAUUUUUUACAAUGAUUAUAAUUCAUUCAUAAAUUGUUUAACAUGUAAAAUGAGGAUACGUUUGUUAAAGUCUGCCAGUCAGUACAGAAGUCAUAUCACUGACAAGGCGACAUAGCACCACUUGAAUAUCCCCUGUGGUGUUUGUGGAGACAAACUGGACUUGUGAAGUAAAAUAUAAUUUUAGUGGGUGUCAAACUGAUAAAACUGUCCAUACCUCCAAUUUUGAGGUUGUUCAAUAUUUAUUGUAAUUGUUUGUUAGAAAUAAGACUGAAGGUGUAACUAUCUAAAGUGUAUCUAGCAGUGAUUGGUUUGGUAGUUAUUCAUUCAUCCACAAGUUAUUUUCAAAAUGCUAUCAGACAUGUCAUCUUAACUGAAGGAGAACACAAUUUAUUUGAAAAUAUGUAACUGAUUUAUGCCUGUGGGUAAUACUAUGAAAAGGGAAGGAUUUAUUAAGUUUGUAAUGCUUCCUGUUCCUUUGUUUAGUGGCAAAUCAACACAGCUUUCAUCAUCAAACUCUCAUUGUGUAUUGUUCAUACUUGAGUCUAAAUGUUUUUAUUUUUAUGUUAAUACUUCAGUGUAAAGUGACAAAUGUUAGGUCUAUAAAUAGGGAAUUAGCAUUACAGUAAUAUUAUCUUAUUUAGAAAUACAUCAGCACUAUUACUUUGUAUCGGGCCCUUGAUAAUACUUCUUACAUUCUGUUGAAUUCCUUGUCACCUCCUUGGCCUAUAUGAAAAAAACUGAGUUAGCAAAUCACCACAAUGAAUUAUAGCAUGAGUGAAGCAAAAUGUUGAAAUUGUCCAUCAGAGGUCCAUGUCUUGGCACUGUAGAGUUAGAAUCAUUAAAUUAUGACAGUUUUUGGUUGAAUGACA